AUGGGCCAUGACAGCCCCCGUGCCGACUUACCCAGAAUAUGGGCUCCCCUCGGCGGGGAUCAACUGGGAAAGAAGAAAAAGAGAUUGAUUACAGCACAUAGCGACAAAAGGCGCGCGGAUCAGCGGGCAAAACGGCACAGCACAGGAUGCAGAAAGGGCCAAAAAAAGGGGGGGCGUGGGUGCAGCGACGACGCUUUUUGGUUUAAAGGUGUAGAACCGACAGGGUCUCCCAUGUCGAGAAUUGGCGCUACGCACCAGUCCCGGAGCGGCGCGGCGCUUUUCGUGGGACUCGAGGUCAUGAGCGAAUCCGUCUCUGCCUCGUCGUACUGGCACUUUGACUGCGUUAUCUUUUGGUGGGCUGGUAAGAACCAAGAAAAAGAAGAAAAAAACUACAAUUCUGACGUCUUACUAUUCGGUUGGGAUUUGCUUGGUGUUUUCUUGGCUUAG